UCUCUCCUCUCUCGCUCCCCCUCGAGCUCCCGGCUGCCCGCGGCUCCGUCGCGCUCUCCCUUUCUCUUCGGUAGGCUCCACCGAGCGAUGCUAGCUCUGGGAAACAGCGACGCCGUCUCCCGCUAGAGACCUGCCCCCCGGCCCGGCCCCUUGCCCAGCCCUGCCCAGCGCGUCGGGGUCGGCGAAGGCGCCGCGGACGCACCGACGGCUGAGGAACAGCGAUGCAAAUACACUAGCAGCACCCCCUAACUCACUCCCUCCACACCCCGCGCCGCCUCCUCCUCCGGCAGCAGCGGCAGAAGGACCCACCCUGCCCCCCACCCCACCCUCCGCCGGCUCCGGCUGCGAUUCCUGCCUCGACUAUUAUUUUAUUUAUUUUGGGUCGUGCACAAGCCUCAGUGCCUGCAGCUCGCGCCUCCUCGGACCGCGGGCGCCUCCUCCCUCGGCUCCGGAACCCCAGACCCCGGACACCCUCGCCUCGACACCCCCAGAGCCCCGCCAGCUGCCGCGAGUCUCCGCGGCUGGAAUCUUGUUAGAGGCUGUCUUUUUUGGGGGUUCUGCUUUCCCGACAUUUUUGUUUUCAGCCAAGGGGAGGCUAUCGUGAUUUUUUCCCCUUUGAGCCCAGGCUCUGCUUUCUGGGGGGGUGGGGGGCGCGCCGAGCCGGGGAGCCGUGCCAGCCGAGUCGUGCGGGCUGUGGCAGGGAAGGGGCCACCAUGGGAUGUACUCUGAGCGCAGAGGAGCGAGCCGCCCUCGAGCGGAGCAAGGCGAUUGAGAAAAACCUCAAAGAGGAUGGCAUCAGCGCCGCCAAAGACGUGAAAUUACUCCUGCUGGGGGCUGGAGAAUCUGGAAAAAGCACCAUUGUGAAGCAGAUGAAGAUCAUCCACGAAGAUGGCUUCUCUGGAGAAGACGUGAAACAGUACAAGCCCGUUGUCUACAGCAACACCAUCCAGUCCCUGGCAGCCAUCGUCCGGGCCAUGGACACUUUGGGCAUUGAAUACGGUGACAAGGAGAGAAAGGCCGAUGCCAAGAUGGUGUGUGAUGUGGUGAGUCGAAUGGAAGACACGGAGCCCUUCUCUCCAGAGCUGCUCUCUGCCAUGGUGCGACUCUGGGGCGACUCAGGGAUCCAGGAGUGCUUCAACAGGUCCCGGGAGUAUCAGCUCAACGACUCCGCCAAAUACUACCUGGACAGCCUGGAUCGGAUCGGGGCUGCCGACUACCAGCCCACCGAGCAGGACAUCCUCCGAACCAGGGUCAAAACCACUGGCAUCGUAGAAACCCACUUCACAUUCAAGAACCUCCACUUCAGGCUGUUCGACGUCGGGGGCCAACGAUCUGAACGCAAGAAGUGGAUUCACUGCUUCGAGGACGUCACGGCCAUCAUCUUCUGCGUCGCGCUCAGCGGCUAUGACCAGGUGCUCCACGAAGAUGAGACCACGAACCGUAUGCACGAAUCGCUGAAGCUCUUCGACAGCAUCUGCAACAACAAGUGGUUCACGGACACAUCCAUCAUCCUGUUUCUUAACAAGAAGGACAUAUUCGAAGAGAAGAUCAAGAAGUCCCCGCUCACCAUCUGCUUUCCGGAGUACACAGGCCCCAACACCUUCACGGAAGCCGUGGCUCAUAUCCAGGCGCAGUACGAGAGCAAGAACAAGUCGGCCCACAAGGAAAUCUACACCCACAUCACCUGUGCCACUGACACCAACAACAUCCAGUUUGUCUUUGACGCCGUGACGGACGUCAUCAUCGCCAAAAACCUUCGGGGCUGUGGCCUCUACUGAGCCCUGGCCUCGCCACCCAGCUGCCCACCACCCUGCCCAGCCUGCCGCCCCACCCCUGCCCUGGACAAGGGAGCACCAGCAGAUGGCACUGAGUGGGGAAGAGGAGGCGCCCUCCACAGCCUCCCCUGCCCCAGACACCAGAACACGUGGUAACGGGGUUGGCGGGGGUGCCGAGUGCCCACACCUGCCGAGACAGACGGCCCGCUGGCCUCCGCGCCAUCGCUGGGUGUCUCCCUGGGAGAGAGGUGUACGGGGCCCACGCCACCGUCCGGGCCAGAAUGGGCGCGCUCUGCAUGCAGUGGUUCGGGCUUGAGGUCCCAGGGUCCCCUCCUGUCUUCGAAGCUGUGCAGGUGGUGGGGCGGCGUGCUGGCCGGAGCGGGGGCAGUGGGAGCCGCUGCUCAGCUUUUCUUGGGGUCCCUCUGGUCGAGGGCAGCUCUGUCACCAAAGGCCAGGGUGGGACCAGGCCACCAACCGCGUGUGGGUCCGGGGGCUCAGGCCUCGGCAAUGCCUCCCUCCUCCUCCCCCUGGACCUCAGUCCUGGACGCCAGUCCUUCCUUCUCUGGGCUUCCCUCCCUUCACACCUCUGGGGCUCCCCAGUGCCCUGCUGGGGAACCCCCACCCCGACUCCUCACAGGCCUGGAAAUGCUUCUGAGACCGACUUCUUGCAAAGGCACGUGGUAGAUGGUCAGCGGGGUUGAGUCCUGCGGUGCCUGGACGAAGUGGGGAAGAGACGGUGGGGGAGGGGAGGCCGGAGGAAGUGGCUCUUGCGUUGACUGGGAUGGGGGCCUCCCACCCGGUCUUUGUAGGCCCCAGGGUGGCUUAUCUGCUUCUCCCGUCAGUCACCCGGG